AUGAUCGGCCAGGCAUUGUUUUUCCCGCCUGGUGACGAUGGCGGAUCCUUUUUCGAAGCACAACGGUUACCUAUGCUGCUUAAAUCAUCGGCUAAAGCAUUUUCAGUUUCAAUGUGGAUUCGUCCGGCAACUGUGGGUGCAUCGACGCUUGUUCAUAUAUCAAAUAAUCCACACGGUCUGGUAAGUGUUGGUAAUCCUUAUUGCAUGCCAUUGAUCGGAUUCAGUUCGACAGGACAGUUGAUUGUUCAAGGUUUGUCAGAGGCGUCCAACAGUGUCUUGCUCAGUGGUCCCGAUUUGAAAAUGAAUGAAUGGGUGCAUGUAGUUGAAACAUACAGUUCAGCGAACGGCAUUCGCCUGCAUUUAAAUGGUACAUUUAUAAACUCGACAGAACCAUUUUCAUAUUUGCAAAAUACUGACCCGAUACCGAUAACUGUUAUUUUGGGUGCUCAUGUUGGCUGUCAACCAGCGUCAGAUUCACUGAUCAGUGGACCGUAUCAUGGUCUAAUCGACGAAUUUCGAAUCUAUUCAAGAGAACUGACAUCGACAGACAUUUACAAAUUAGCAAAUCCGUUCAUGAUCCACACAACAACAACAAGAAUUCCUUUAACUACUAUAACUACAACAGCAACAACAGUACUGACAACGACCACACAGCCGACCACGCCUUAUAUUGCAACGCUAACAGGUGAUUAG